UGUGUCGUUUCGAUAGUCCAGCGAAUUUAAAUUGGUGUGCGAAAGUGUGUUUGUUUGGCGUGAAAUGUAAAAUGUACAGGAAAGAACAGGUGUUUUAAACAGACUUUUAUGAAUAAAGUGCUAUGCUGAUUGCUGGGAGUUCAGGCUAAUUGCUUUUCGUUUAUAAAGAGAUUGAUUUGUAAUUAAGGCUGAAUAUAUUACGUAUAAGGUGUGGCCUAACGGAAAUGGCGAAACUUAAAUGCUUGAUUUUUUGGUUCAGUAUGGAAUUUGUUUAAACGUAGAGGCACUUACGGGUCAACCAACCGUAUAAACCACACGUCGUUUACUCCUAGGCACUGCAAAAAGUAACUGUUGCGUGCUUAAAACGCACAAGUGGUUUGUAUCAAACUGAGAGGCAGCUUGUUCAUGGUGAAGCGUGCUUAAGGCAGAUAACUCGGUCAGUUGAGUAAGAUUGUAUGGUCGUUGAGUAGUUGUAUCUGUGCAGUGCUAACUUUCAAUUUAUAGGCAAGGUCAUACAGGGCGGGUUUUUUUCGUGAAAUGGUUUAACUUCAAUGUUUUGGCAUUGUAAGAUAUUCAGUGACUAGUUAGUGCAGGGGUUUUAUCAAAAUCUAAAAAAUAAAACAUCUGAAAGCAACUAUACUUUGAGAGGCUACAGUUGCAAAUUCACCGCGAAAGACAAAACGUUAUUCGACCGAUUAAUAGUCUCAUUAAUUUUACAACGACUUCAGUGUGUACCAACGUAGCAGACAAUUUUGUGAAUUGUUUGCAUUUACAUUUCUAACCAGUAGUAUCAUAUUUACUUUGUGAAUUGUUUGCAUUUACAUUUCUAACCAGUAGUAUCAUAUUUACUUUGUGAAUUGUUUGCAUUUACAUUUCUUCUAGUAGUAUCAUAUUUACUUUACAUCGCAAUUACUGCCCUAUUCUAUAAACAUUUUCCGUUUGUACAGAGUAAAUAUUACAUACUGGUAGCAAAAGUGACUGUUUGUCCCUAAUCAACAUGAAAAGUGGAAUGCACUACCGUAUACAAAUUGUCGGAAACACUGGUACCGUGAAAAGAAUGGUGGCAUCACUGUACUUGGUGGGCGCGAAGAACAGCGAUCAAGUUUUAAAGGUGUGUAUAUGCGACGACCUACCACACGUUAUUAACGCUGUCGAGGGACAGCAGAAAACAGCGCCCUCUCACGACCAAAUGGAGACAGGGUUACUCAUGCAAGUGGCUUACGGGCGCAGUUUGACGGUGUCUGCUAAUGUUGUGAACGAAGACGACAACGUGUGUGUUAUUGCGCCGCAGCAAGAGGUCACCAUUCCCGCACAAGCGGUUUGGGAAUCAAACGUCGCGUUCGCCACUGACUUCCACGUUCAUAUGCGACGCCCAUACGAAGACGCAUCAGUACAGAUCGCUAUUUCAUCAAAAGAUGAGCACGGCAGUGACAUUCCGCUAAUCGUGCCUUCGCGUGUACACGUAUCCUGGCAUCCAAAGGACGUGGCUGGCGUUCAGCGUAUUAGGAAAACUUGGGAAGCGAGCGAGGAGAAGGCGCAGACUAUUCCACGGCAAUACGACCCUUCCGCUGCCCGCAAAACGACCUCUUUGCCCCGAUACCAGCAACCGAAGUACCAGAGCCUGGAAAAGCUGUUGCAAGGAAGGGUAUCGCCACGAGCGCCUGAACCCCAGCUAAACGGCAUACACCCUGCUCCUACGGCGACUACUUCUUCACGGUAUGGGGGAAAGCCUUUGCCGGUGCAGGACAAGAAUUGGAAUGUGGUGACGUCACCACGUGACGUCACAGAGACCAGCGAGGACCAGAACCUACCGCAGUGGGCGAAAGGUUUGGGCGAUCAAUUCGACUACGACGACGUUGUGGUGGUGUGAAGGGCUAUUAAGGCUAAAUAACUGCAGAAUCAGAAGGACGCGAGAUGGCGAACGAGAGCAGAGAGGCAAAAUAUCGGCGAGUGACGUAACGCGGAACGCACCUACCGCCAAGAGGGUUGUUCGCAUUCGCAAGAUAAAAUGAACACUAAAAUUACCACGUGUCAACCGUUACAAUGCAUUUUUUUACUUACAAGUAACUUAACCAUGUACGUUGGUUUAACACUAAACAUGUGCUGGUAUUAACAACAAAAACAUUGCUACUUGCAUA